CGCUCAGUGUCAGUUCGCACAACACAAUGGCUAACCUGCAGUCAAUUCCGCGCUUCCUGCUUCCACGCGGCUAUUUCCUCCUCCUCCGCCAAGCGCGUCUUCUACUGCCUCUUCCGUCAGCGGCCGUUCUCCGCUAUGCAUCAUCAUCCUCGAAUCCGAAAACCCUAUCCGAACAAUUCCGCCGAAGGCAGACGCCAGUAAUACCACAGCCCGACAAAUACCGCCCGCCUUCGCAUGGCAAGCGGACGCCGAGGAGCCAAACAGAAUACAAGAGCUAUGGCCCUCCGAUAACAGAGGAAGACAAGAAGCGCAUGCGCACGAAGAAGUAUCCGAACAUGAUGAGUCCGCCGGGGACAUUCUCGCACUGGUUUCUGAACAACAAGGCCAUACAUCUGUGGAUCACUAUGGGUAUACUAGUAUCCCUAGCAAUAGCUGCCUGGUACAUGGACUUCAUGUCCAAGACCAUUUAUGGCGAGCUCGUCCCCUCGCGGAAAGACUUUCUCCGACAUCCGUAUGAAAGUACCAAGCGCUUCAUCGAGACGUACAAAAUGCACAUAGAGCACCAGUCGCAGCUAUCCGCGCAGCAACGCCUGAAGAAGGAGGAGGACGUCGAGAAGCGGAAGCAGUAUAGGCUGGCGAGGAUACGGGAGGCGGAGGAGAGGGGCGAGGAGUACGUCGAGGAUCCGAGGUAUUACAUUGGCGAGGAUGGUGUCAGGAGGAGGAGAGUUAAGAGGUGGUUCGGUAUUUGGGAAUAAGUGGCGAAGGAUGGGAUUUAUGUUUGUGAAUAGGGACGGAGAGUGUAUGAUACUGUAUCAAGAGCAGCUUUGCGUCCAUGGUCACGCCUGGGCAAAAGAGACCCCAGUUGCAUCGGAGGGAGGAGAAUCGCCUCGAAUCGCCUCGAACACGCAUUGAAACGGGCAGGGGUUUAGUCCUGGGCCAUGCUUCGAAUGCCUUUUUUGUUCUGGCAUAUAGUCUGUAGUCAAAGCGAAUAUACCCUGCUCUAACAUCUGGCAUUU